GUGGGAGAAACAAGCCAGUCCAAUUUUGUUGGAAAAGAACUUAAGAACUUCACUAUGGCUGCUGAGUUGGAUUUUUCAUCCCCUGAAAUCCCAGAGUCCACCUUUAUGGAGAACAUCUUACACUAUGGCCUUUUCUUUGGUGCCAUUUUCCAGCUCAUUUGUGUUCUGGCGAUAAUCCUCUCUGUUCCAAAGACAUAUAAAAUGGAUACUGAAAGCUUUGAAACGAAAAGUGCUGAAGUAGUCAAGAAACCCAAACUUGCUGCUAUCUCGGUGAACAAGAAGCUCAAAAAAGAAACAAAGAAGAAACAAUAAAAUGAUAUCAUGAUGAAAUUUUCACAGCAACCAUAUGGCAACAAGUCAAAUUGCAG